AUGAUUCUAAGAAAUGUAGUGACGGUUCUAUUUUGUAUUGACACUAUUGGAAGUGUUUUGGCGGCAUCGUAUUCAAAUGUUUACUUCCAACUUGGUACAAAUGAAGCUCCUGCAGUUGAUGCACCAAGGGCCAACAAAAAUUCUCAAGCUCAACUGGCUCCUUUAACAUUACCUCCCGUAAUACCAGUACUGCCAGUUACAACUUUAGUAGCACCCUGCCCUGUGCCUUGUAUCAGUCCAAGUCAACCGGUUAGCAAUGCCAAUCUUGUGGCUUAUAAGCCACCAAAUAAACCUACGGACGACGGUUCCACAAACUACGGAUAUUCCUAUGUGGUAUUUGAUGACGGAACUGGGGAUAAAAAAUCUCAAUAUGAAGUCAGUGAGGGAGGAAAGGUUCGUGGACAGUACUCAAUUGACCAGCCCGAUGGUUAUGUACGUGAAGUACAAUAUACUGCGGACGAUUUAAAAGGGUUUAGAGCUGUUGUUACUAAUUUCUUACGGGGAAAGGUAAUAAGUUCUGUUGAAGAAAACAAUAAAAAAAAAGUUUCAGCGCCACUACUUGAACCUCUGAAAAAUAGCGAAAAGGGACAAGAAUCAAUUAACAGUGCGGAUAAAGGCGAGCAAUUGGCUGAAGUCAAAGAAAUAAAACCACUACCAUCUAGUCCUUCGCAAGAAACACCUGUAAAAGCGGCAGUUGAAGAAAUUACAUCCAAACCUGCACAACCCAAUAAUACAAGUGUUACAGAAUCCAAUAACUUUAAUGUAUAUGGUAAUAUCAUCAAAUGCAUUCAAACGUCAAUGAAAAACUCUGAAUCACCACUAGUAUACGUCAUCUUACCUUCUAAAGUUUGCCCUUAAAUAUUCUUAGAUA